CCGGGGGCGCUGCCUCCUGGGCCGCCGCCGCCGCCGCUGUGAGGAGCCUGCGGGCCGCCCGCCCGCCGCGCCGGCGCCAUGAAGCGGCAGAACGAGCGAGACUCCAGCCCGAGCGGGCGUGGCUCGUCGUCGUCCGCCAAGCGGCCGCGGGAGCGCGAACGGGAGGCAGAGGCGGGCGGGCGGCGAGCAGCGCACAAGGCCUCCGGCGGCACCAAGCACCCGGUGCCAGCGCGGGCUCGUGACAAGCCCCGCGGCAGCGGCGGCGGCGGCGGCGGCGGCGGCGGGCAUCGCGACGGUCGCGCUGCCGGCGAUGCGAACCACCGAGCGGGCAGCGGGCGCUCCUCGGGCGCGCCCGGAGGCGGAGGACGGACCGGCAAGGCCUCGGGGGACCCGGGCGCCGGCGGCGCGUCGCCCCGCGCCUCUCCGCUCCCGCCGCCCCCGCCGCCCCCCGGCGCGGAACCUGCGGGUCCCGGCUCCACGGCGGCUCCGGAGUACAAGACGCUCCUCAUCAGCAGCCUGAGCCCCGCGCUGCCGGCCGAGCACCUGGAGGACCGGCUCUUCCACCAGUUCAAGCGUUUCGGUGAGAUCAGCCUGCGCCUGUCGCACACCCCCGAGCUGGGCCGCGUGGCCUACGUGAACUUCCGGCACCCGCAGGACGCGCGGGAGGCCCGCCAGCACGCCCUGGCGCGGCAGCUGCUGCUCUACGACCGGCCGCUCAAGGUGGAGCCGGUGUAUCUGCGCGGCGGCGGGAGCAGCCGGCGCAGCAGCAGCAGCAGCGCCGCCGCCUCCACGCCGCCCCCGGGGCCCCCCGCGCCCGCCGACCCCCUGGGCUACCUGCCGCUGCACGGCGGCUACCAGUACAAGCAGCGCUCGCUGUCCCCGGUAGCCGCCCCGCCCCUGCGGGAGCCCCGCGCGCGCCACGCCGCCGCCGCCUUCGCCCUGGACGCCGCCGCCGCCGCCGCGGGACUGUCUCGGGAGCGGGCCCUGGACUACUACGGCCUGUUCGACGACCGCGGGCGCCCCUACGGCUACCCGGCCGUGUGCGAGGAGGACCUGAUGCCGGAGGAUGACCAGAGGGCCACCCGGAACCUCUUCAUCGGGAACCUGGACCACAGCGUGUCCGAGGUGGAGCUGCGAAGGGCCUUCGAGAAGUACGGCAUCAUCGAGGAGGUGGUCAUCAAGAGGCCCGCCCGCGGCCAGGGGGGUGCCUACGCCUUCCUCAAGUUUCAGAACCUGGACAUGGCACACAGGGCAAAGGUGGCAAUGUCCGGCCGGGUGAUCGGCAGAAACCCCAUAAAGAUAGGCUACGGCAAAGCCAAUCCCACCACCCGCCUCUGGGUGGGUGGUCUUGGACCCAACACCUCGCUGGCAGCUCUGGCCAGAGAAUUUGAUCGCUUCGGGAGCAUUCGGACCAUCGAUCACGUCAAAGGAGACAGCUUUGCCUACAUCCAGUACGAGAGCCUGGACGCCGCCCAAGCUGCCUGUGCUAAAAUGAGGGGCUUUCCCCUGGGCGGCCCCGACCGCCGGCUCCGGGUGGAUUUUGCCAAGGCAGAGGAGACCCGAUACCCCCAGCAGUACCAGCCCUCACCUCUCCCUGUGCAUUACGAGCUGCUCACUGACGGAUACACCCGGCAUCGGAACCUGGAUGCCGACCUUAGGGUGCGGGAUAGGACCCCUCCACACCUUCUGUAUUCAGACCGAGACCGGACCUUUUUGGAAGGGGACUGGACCAGCCUCAGUAAGAAUUCGGACCGCAGAAACAGCCUGGAGGGCUAUACCCGCUCAGUGCGCAGCCGGAGUGGUGAGCGCUGGGGCGGGGAUGGGGACCGGAGCAUAGCCAAGCCCUGGGAAGAGAGACGCAAGCGGAGGAGCCUUUCCAGUGACCGCGGGAGGACAACUCAUUCCCCUUAUGAGGAACGGAGCAGGACCAAGGGUGGGGGACAGCAGCCUGAGCGAGUGUCAGACCGCACCCCUGAGCGUAGCCGAAAGGAGAACCACUCCAGUGAAGGGACCAAGGAGUCAGGCAGCAACUCCCUCAGCAACAGCAGACAUGGUGCGGAGGAGAGGAGCCACCAUCACCACCACCAUGAGGCUCCGGACUCUUCCCAUGGGAAAAAGACUAGGGAGAGUGAACGCAAUCAUCGGACCAUGGAGGCAGAGCCCAAGACUCUUGAAGAGCCAAAACAUGAGACCAAAAAGCUAAAGACUCUUUCGGAGUAUGCUCAGACACUGCAGCUUGGUUGGAAUGGGCUUCUAGUGUUGAAAAACAGCUGCUUUCCAACAUCUAUGCACAUCCUGGAGGGCGACCAGGGAGUUAUCAGUGGUCUCCUCAAGGACCACAUCUCUGGCAGCAAGCUGACCCAGCUAAAGAUUGCCCAGCGCCUUCGACUGGACCAGCCCAAGCUGGAUGAGGUUACCCGCCGCAUCAAGCAGGGGAGCCCCAACGGCUAUGCAGUGCUCCUAGCCAUCCAGUCACCCGCCAGUGGGCCUGGCACUGAGGCGGUGCCCGCGGUGGAGCCAGGCCUACAGAGGCGGCUUCUCAGGAACCUGGUCUCCUACUUGAAACAGAAGCAGGCUGCAGGGGUGAUCAGCCUGCCCGUGGGCGGGUCUAAGGGCAGGGACAGCACUGGCAUGCUCUAUGCCUUCCCACCCUGCGACUUCUCACAGCAGUACCUCCAGUCAGCACUGAGGACAUUGGGCAAGCUAGAGGAAGAACACAUGGUGAUAGUGAUAGUGAGAGACACUGCCUAGCCCACACUGUUUUCUCCAGCUGUGUUUGUGUCACAACAGCAGUUAUUUUAAAACCUCCCUUCUCUACCUACCUGACUCCCUUGGUUGGAAUUCUCUGCUGGGUUGUUGUGGUUCAGUUGGUGGCGCCCUGUCCACGGCAAAAACUUAAGUUCUUAGAUUGGGGGGAUUGGGUUUUUUGUUUUUUGGGGUUUUUUUUAUAAGAAAUUCCUGUUAUGUUUCCUGUGUAUGAGAUACUGUCUGCUGUAUUCUGUAUUUUUUUAUAUUUUAUUUUAUUUUUUGACUAACUGUAUGGAAAAUUGUCAGUAAAGCCUUUGUCAGAGGAUGAAUUUUUAA